AGUGAUGGGAACGCUGGCUUCCUGCGAGCUGCUCGCGAUGGGAACCUGGAGGAAGUCUUGGACUACCUCAGGGGUAGCACCGACAUCAACACCAGCAACCCGAAUGGACUCAACGCCUUGCACCUGGCGUCCAAAGAAGGUCACAUUAACAUCGUCUCGGAGCUCUUGAAGCGUGGGGCAAAUGUUGAAGCAGCCACCAAGAAAGGCAACACUGCCCUGCACAUUGCCUCCCUGGCCGGUCACGAGGACAUUGUGGUGACCCUGGUGGAGAAUGGAGCACAGGUCAACCUACAGGCUCAGGCUGGCUUCACACCGCUCUACAUGGCGGCCCAGGAGGGACACGCAGAGGUGGUCAAGUUUUUGCUCUCCAGCGGAGCCAACCAGGGGCUCUCCACAGAGGAUGGCUUCACUCCUCUGGCCGUAGCCCUACAGCAAGGUCAUGACAAGGUGGUCUCUGUCCUCCUGGAACACGACGCCAAGGGCAAGGUACGCCUGCCAGCCCUCCACAUCGCUGCCAAGAAGGAUGACGUCAAGUCUGCCGCUCUGCUCCUCCAGAAUGAACAGAACAGUGUGGAGCUGCAGACCAAGGGAGGACUGGUCAAUGACACUACCAAGAGUGGCUUCACGCCCCUUCACAUUGCUGCCCACUAUGGCAACACCAACGUUGCCAACCUUCUGAUUCAACGCAAUGCCGAUGUCAAUUUCAGGGCAAAGAACAACAUCACUCCCCUGCACGUGGGCUCACGUUGGGGGAAGCUGAAUAUGGUGAACCUUCUGCUGGACAGCAACGCAGCCAUUGACGAGAAGACAAGGGAUGGGCUGACCCCUCUGCAUUGUGCAGCCAGAAGUGGCCAUGACCCUGUGGUGGACACGCUGCUGGAAAAGGGAGCACCUCACUCUGCUAAGACAAAGAACGGACUGACCCCCCUGCACAUGGCAGCCCAGGGCGACCACGAGGACUGUGCCCGUCUGCUGCUCUACCACAAGGCCUCCCUGAAUGAAGUCACCGUGGACUACCUGACCCCGCUCCAUGUGGCCGCUCAUUGUGGGAAUGUGAAGACUGCCAAACUGCUCCUGGACCGCAAGUGUGAGCCCAAUGCUCGGGCUCUGAACGGCUUCACCCCUCUCCACAUUGCUUGCAAGAAGAACCGAAUCAAGGUUGUGGAGCUUUUGUUGAAGUAUGGAGCUUCCAUUGAAAGCAAAACUGAGUCUGGCCUGACCCCGCUGCACGUGGCCUCCUUCAUGGGCCACAUGAACAUCGUGAUUUACCUGAUCCAGCACAACGCCAACCCCAACACGGCCACCGUGCGCGGAGAGACCUCCCUCCAUCUGGCUGCUCGGGCUAACCAGUCCGACAUCAUUCGCAUCCUCCUGAGAAAUGGGGCGACUGUCGAUGCGAGAGCCAGGGAGCAGCAGACCCCGCUGCACAUCGCGUCGCGUCUGGGCAAUGUGGACAAUGUGGUGUUGCUGCUGCAGCACGGGGCGGUGGUGGACUCCACCACCAAGGACAAGUACACGCCCAUGCACAUCGCUGCCAAGGAGGGACACGAGGAGGUGGUGCAGGUGCUGCUGGAGCAUGAGGCUCAGCACGACAUCACCACUAAGAAAGGGUUCACUCCCUUGCACAUUGCUGCCAAGUAUGGAAACAUCAAGGUGGCCCGACUCUUGCUCCAGAAGGAUGCGAACCCAGAUGUCCAGGGCAAGAACGGGCUGACCCCUCUGCAUGUGGCUACUCACUACAACCACCCCAACGUGGCCCAGCUGCUGCUGGAGAACAAGGCCAACCCCCACGCCACCACCAAGAAUGGCUACACCCCUCUGCACAUCGCAGCCAAGAAGAACCAGAUGGACAUCGCCACCAUGCUCCUGGAGUACGGGGCCAAGCCCAAUGCUGAGUCCAAGAAUGGGUUCACACCGCUCCACCUGGCCGCCCAGGAAGGACACUCGGACAUUGUCUCCCUGCUGCUGCAGAAGGAAGCCAACGUCAACGCCAAGGCGCAUAACGGUCUGACCCCCAUGCACCUGGCUGCCCAAGAAGACAAGGUGCCGGUGGCUGAGAUCCUGGUCAAGUACGGCUCUGAGACUGACACCAGCACCAAGGCCGGCUACACCCCGCUGCACACUGCUUGCCACUUUGGACAGAUCAAUAUGGUUCGCUUCCUGCUGGACCAGAAUGCCUCUGUCAAUGCCACUACCAAGGUGGGCUACACGCCCUUGCACCAGGCUGCCCAGCAGGGUCACGUCCAAGUGGUCAGCACGCUGCUCAAACACCAGGCCUCGCCCAACGCGGUCACCAACAAUGGCCAAACUCCUCUGGCCAUUGCCCAGAAGCUGGGCUACAUCUCUGUGGUGGAGACCUUGAAGCCCGUUACAGAGGUCCACGCCAUCGUCCAGUCGUCGGAGGACAAGUACAAGGUCGUCUCCCCCGAGACCAUGCAGGAGACUUUCAUCUCCGACUCAGAGGAUGAAGGAGGUAGCAGCUAUGUGGGUUCCUAUCGAAGUGACCGGGUCUCCCUUGUCACUUUUGGGAGCAUGAGUCACAGUUUCCUCGGAGGACCCACUGGGCUGAGCCGUUCUCCUAGUGAUAAAGUUUACCUUACAGAGGACUGGCAGCAUUCCUUCCUCGGAGUUCCUAAUGGUGGAGAAGGGAAACGACUUAGUACCCUUAGUUUCGGAAGUAGAGAGGACAGCAUCUCUCUGGAGAGAGGAGGCAGCACAUCUCCUCUGGAUGUGUCUUUUGACAAGGAACCACCCCAGAUGCGCUAUCCGGCCACAGACCAUCGCGGCCGCAUGGUCAGCCAGAUGGGUGCCACAAUGCAUUACCCCUCCUACUUGGAGAACGGACCUGAUUACGAAGAAGAGAUGAGAUACUACCAUGGAGACACCUUGUCUCCUAAAGACAAGAACUUGGAAGCGGACAGGUCGCGCAUGGACAGCGUGUUUGGGGACAGCACCGACUACUCCACACUGGGCAGAGACUCCAUCAAUAUGGAGGCUUCGCGAGAGCGCUCCAUGGGGGAUAGCACUGGAGAUAUUUUCGGAGAUGAUGAUUUGAAAUAUGUCGCCGAAGACCCCUUUCACAAGAAGCAGCAACGUCCAGAAGACCCUCUUUUCUCGGAAGACUUGUACGCUCGCCAGUCUGUGCGUUACGGCCGCAAUGCCCCCGAGCUGCCGUCGCCGGGCCAGUGGCAGGGGUCAGCCUCUCCCGACUGGGCCCGCCAAGACGUGGUCUAUCAGGGUCAGUUCUCCAGCACGCCCAGUCAGGCUGACCAGAACAGUGACUCUUAUCGCUUCCCACCGGAUGAUUCGGUCAUCACUGCGGCGGAUGAUGGCGAGGAUUUGAUUGACGCGGCCACCGCACCGACCGUCAGUUCAGCGCCCGGUGGGGGACGCCUCUAUGCCACUGAUGCUAGGGAUGGAACCAAAUCGCUCCUGUAUGGAAGUGGAACGGGACUAGACUACAUGGACGCUCAGAUCACAAGCCAGUCGUACACCGCUGUGUACAGCGCCCCGCCCUCGUCCGGGACCCGUCUCCCUGUGGGCGGAGAGGCCAAUCGCUUCAGCUCUUACAGCGGCUCUUCCUUCAGCACCAGCUUUGACCCGGACAACGUGCCCGUGGAUCGCUCGCCCGUCUACUCGGGCAAACUGAAGUGGAAGAGCUUCCUGAUCAGCUUCAUGGUGGACGCCCGCGGAGGAGCGAUGCGAGGCUGUCGUCACCCGUGUGUGCGCAUCAUCAUCCCGCCCCGCAAGUGCAGCAUGCCCACGCGCGUCACGUGCCGGCUGGUCAAGCGGGAGAAACUGACCCGUCCCCCGCCCAUGCUGGAGGGAGAGGGGCUGGCUGCGCGCGUGCUGGAGAUGGGCCCGGUCGGCACCAAGUUCUUGGGACCUGUGCUGUUGGAGGUUCCCCACUUCGCCUCUCUGCGCGGCAAGGAGCGUGAGGUGGUCAUCCUGCGUAGCGACAAUGGAGAGACCUGGUAUGAGCACCCCAUGCAGGCCACAGAGGAGGCAGUCGCUGAGAGUCUGGGUAGCAGCGCCGAAGGUGGGGUGGAGGGCAGUCAGGCCUCAGUGGCCAGUCUAUGGAAGCUGGACAGUGAGGAGGAUCUCAACACCAAGCGCAUCAAGCGCAUCCUGACCACUGACCUGCCCAUGUACUUCGCCCUGGUGUCCCGAGUGACGCGUGUCAAGCAAGAGAGCACCGUCAUCGGCAACGAGGGAGGCGUGCUCAGCUCCAAUGUGGUGCCACAAGUACAGGCUGUGUUCCCAGAGGGGACCCUGACUCGACCCAUCCCCGUUGGCUUACAGGCCCAGCCCAUAGCGCCAGAGCUGGUGGCCAAACUGCUGGGUAACCGUGUGGCCGUCAGCCCCAUCGUGACGGUGGAGCCUCGCCGACGUAGGUUCCACAAACCCAUCACCCUCACUAUCCCCGUCCCGCGGGCCGCACAGAAGGGCAUGAUAAACCAGUACGGAGGGGAGCGGCCCACCCUGCGCCUACUCUUCAGCCUGGCAGGCAACAACCACUCUCACGGCCGAGCGGACACGAACCCGGCAGUAUGGGAGGACGUGACCGACUCCAAGCCCAUCACGCUGGUGGAUGACUGUGUCUCCUUCACCACCUCUGUCUCUGCAAGGUUCUGGCUCAUUGACUGCCAGAAUGUGGCCGAGGCAGCCCAGAUGGCCUCAGUGUUGUACCAGGAGGCAGUCACUGUGCCCUACAUGGCCAAGUUUGUGGUCUUUGCCAAGCGGGACUCGCCCGAGGAGGGCAAGCUGCGGGUGUUCUGCAUGACUGACGACAAGGACGACAAAACGCUGGAGAAACAGGAGAAGUUCUUCGAGGUGGCCCGCAGCCGAGACAUAGAGGUGCUGGAGGGACGACCUCAGUUUGUAGAGAUGGCAGGCAACCUGAUCCCUGUCACAAAAUCUGGGGACCAGCUCCACGUCAAUUUCCGCGCCUUCCGAGAAAACCGCUUGCCAUGCACGGUCAAGAUAAGAGACCAGGACCAAGAGCCCAGUGCACGAGUGGCCUUCAUGAAAGAACCCAAGGUGGCACGAGGCGAGGCGCCACAGACUCCUAUCUGCAACCUCAACAUCAGGCUUCCAGACAUGGUUGGGUCUGACUCGGGCGAGUUGGAUGCUGACAAGGCAGCAGAGGUCCGCAAGAGACACGACUUCCUCCGAGGCCAGGGCUUGGGUCAGGUGAUAAAGGAAAUGAUCCAAGACUCUGUCAACAAAGCGGAGAUGAAGCUGUCGGACAUCGCGGACAACGUGCAGGGCGACUGGGUCAUGCUGGCUCAGCAGCUCCAGGUCUCCAUCUCGGACAUCAACCACAUCAAGAACGACUACAAGACUGUGGGAGACCAGGCUCUGGCCAUGCUGCAUCUCUGGGUACAGAAGAACGGAGACAAGGCCACAGGAAAUGAACUAGAGACAGCUCUUCGAAGAAUCAACCGUGAUGAUGUGGUGCGGAAAUGUAUGUACAAUGUGGAGCGUGUGGAUGACGAGGUGGAGGCAGCAGCGAUCCGGGCCACUAUGGAUCAGUCAGGUUUCGACACAUUUAAAGAAGAAGUUGGCAUCACAAAGGAUUCGAUGAAGCGAGGAAUGUCACUGGAUGUGCAGUAUGACGAGCAAGACAUGAUCAAGAACUUAGACGACAUCCAGGAGUCUGAAUCUGCCACAGAGGAGAGUCCUACACACGACAAGGAGUCCCCGCCCCGACAACCCGGUGCUCCCCAACUGUCCAGCACACAAGACACGGAGGAAGACAAGAAGUCGAUCCAGGAGGAGGAUAUCCUCCGCACCGACAAGGUCAGCCCGCCCGAGGCUUUCCCCUCUCUGAGGGCCGGUGUUCAGGUCAGCGCCACCGAGGCCUCUCAGCCACAGCUGCAGCAACAGCAGGAGCAGGUACAACAGCUACAACAGCAACAGCUACAACAGCAACAGCUACAACAGCAACAGCUACAACAGCAACAGCUACAACAGCAACAGCUACAACAGCAACAGGAGGUGAAACAGCAGCUCCAGGAGGUAGAACAGCAGCUCCUGGAGGUAGAACAGCAGGAACAGGAGCAGGUGCUGCUGCAGCAACAGCAGGCGCCCCCGGAGGAGAUCAUGGAGGCCGAGGCAGAGACUGUCGUGGCGGCGCCGCCCAAGUCUCACGUGACUUUUGCAGACGAGCCCGACCGGGGCAGGCGAGAGUAUGAAGAUGAUGAAGAAGUGCAGACCCCACCUCCCAGCCCCACAGGGAAGUUUAACGCAGAGGAAAAAAGUGGUGAUGUUGAUGAUGAUGAAGAAGAUGAAGAAGAAGAGCAGGAAAUAACGGAGAUAGUGGAAACAUACCGCGUAUCGGAGGACGGGAAGUGGGAAACGGUAGAGAAAACCACGACAAUCACCGCCCAAGGCACCUCCGAGAAAAUAGAGGUGCACAAAGAAGAGCCCUCGGUGCUGGCGACAGAGAGCAGUAUCGCCGAGGCCGCCACUCGACUCGCCUCCGAGGCCACAGACGAUUUCGACUCCGAAGGUCGACGUACAGGCGGGCCGCAGAUCGCGCAGGAACAAGACGUUUUGUAUUCGAGGGCGGAGGUUGAGAGGGAGGACGCGCCUGAAACGUACACAGUCCCCGCCCUCCACGUGACGUCAGAGCCUUCGAGCCAGAUCGUGAGCCCCAGCUCGGAGACUGGCUCCUCCUACCACGAGGAACCAUCGCCCGUACCCGAACCCGCCCUGCCUGUGGACUUCCGUGAAGAGGAGCUGGCUUUUGAGAAGCCGGAUGGUGGCAGUGUGGAUUUUGCGAGUCCCAGCGAUGAUCUCUACUCUCCUUCCCGGGACACAUUUGGCACUAGCAUAAGUUAUGGGCCUGAGGAUGGUUCAGGAGACAAAGAACCAGUACCAAGUUAUGACCGUAGCCACGACUCUGAUGACAAGAGGCCAAUUCCAGGUUCUGGUACCGACGACAGUUCUGACAGAAAACAAGGAGAAGGUGACGGUCAGAGAGACAGUCCUGAUGACAGAGAACUGAGUUCUGGGUAUGGUCCUGGUGACGAUUCUGGCGAUAAGACACCUGCAGGAAAGUAUGAUGCUGACGGUGGUUAUGGUGGCAGAAAACAGGUACAAGAUGAUGAUCGUGAAACUGAAGAAGGAGACCGAGAACCAGUAACCGGUGAUAGUCGCGAGGAUGGCUUUGAUGGCAAAGAACCGGUUGCGAUCUAUGGUCGUGGCGACGACCGUUCUUAUGACCAAGGACCAGUUGAAACGUACGAUCCCACAGACGAUCCUGAUGGAGGCAAAGAUCCUCGAGAAAGUUUCCGUCCUGAAGACGUUGACGAAAGCCAACAACGGGCUGGAGGUUACGUUCCAGAAGACAGAUUUGGAGACAGGGUACCAGGCGAUGAGUCCGCUCCUGGUGAUAGCUUUGACGACAGGGUCCCAGAGAGAUCUAUGGAUUUGUCUUCUGAUGCCGACACAUACAGAACUGCCAACCAGUCUCUGGACGAUAGCCGGCGACUGGACGAAACUCCAGAAUAUGUGCUGGGACCAUCGGAUCUGGAGAAGACACCCCACGGCAAACAGGUAGACAGAGCAGAUUCUGAGCUGGACGCCGACAGGACGGUGGUAGUUGCCCCUGGUGAUUCCGGUCGUGAGGCUGGACGUGCAGUGGGACUUGGAGAAUAUGACGAAAGGUCUUUUGAAGAUGGAACCCGACCCGACAAACGGUAUGGAGAAACGGAUGACGGGAACCGUGAUGUUGUGGAACCAGAUAAUGUCACUUUAGUGGGGCAAGCGGGACCAGGAAGAUCAGAUACGUCGGACGCCCCGAGCGCUGAAGGCAGGAGACUCGGCCCCGACGGGCAACCGGUUCUUGAAGCUCCUGCUUACGACACUGAAUUCUACGGCAGUCGCGGGCCGGGAAUGACUGCUGGAGGAGUUGUCAGCCAACCGUUUCAUGGGACUGUUGACCUGAGUCCGGGUAGGCGUGACCUCACGGCUGUGGUAGGCGACGAGAUGUGCAUUGAUCGCUCAGAAGAAAUGAUCGCAACUACCACUCGGGUUCUGUCUCGCGAGCAGACGCCAGAUCGACCCUUAGGCUUCCAGGUGGCCUUUUCAGCCUCUCCCUUGGCCAACGUGUCCGGGUUCACAGGCUCCUCGAUGGGCGAGUCCACCACAGAAGUCUUUGAUGCUAGCGUAGCGCCCGGGGAGACGUACUACGAAGAAGUGAGAGAGGACGGCACCAUAGUCCGCCACCGAAAGUUUACCACCGGGGGGGACCAGAGCAAGCGGAUGGAGCUGGUGCAAGAGGAAGGACCUGCGCGGGAGGAGACAGAGGUGGAAGACCACGAGGAGAUACUGCCUGACGGGACUGUCCAUCACACACACAAGGUCCGGCGCCAUUCGUUGAAGAAGAUCAGGAAAAGUUUGAGGUCCGAAGAUGGCCAGGAGAAAGUGACUGAAGAUGUUGAAGAAGUACCGGGAAGUUUGAGGGAAGACAUUGUGGAAACGUUUGAUGAGCCCCCGAGACGAGUGCAUGAGGAAGAGGAAAUCGAACAAGUCCUGGAAGAUGGAACCAAAGUCCACAGAAAACUUAUCAUGAACAGAAUGGUCCACCACAUGAGAACCCACCAAGAAUCAUUUGAUUCCGACCACGGACACCAAGAGGAAGAUUUUGAAAUUGAUGAAGUUAUACCUGGGACAGAGUCAACAUUCAUGGCGCCUAUUGACUCUGACAGUAGUUCUGAUGAUGACUAUGUGCGGACAGAGGGUCACACGGAGGGAGACUUUGAGGAGGAAACCAAAGUCUUGGAUGAUGGGACGGUUGUCACCAGCACUCUCCUCACAGCAGAGACCAAAAGAAAGACUCUCUCUCGCUCAGGCUCUAUUGAAGAAGAGUUUGUGGAUACCCGCGUUGAAGAGGAGGCCAUAUGCCCAAGCCCUCGUCCUCGCUCACCUGCCGACCCAUAUAACGUGAGCGGAAAGGAUGUUGUACGGAAGACCACAACAAGCGCCCAUGUGGAGGAGUCUGUGGAGGGGGAUACAGUGGAACGCUCUCUGGAAGUCGUGGAGGAUAUGCUUGCUAAGGGUGCCCUCGCAUCCCCCCCGGAGUUCAUGGAAGAAGAUGAUGAUCCGGAAGCCACUCAAGGAUUCCCUUCCUCUGCUGAUAAAGAUAAACUACAGGAUAAGGAUAAGUUUUCUCUUGAAGAACAGGAGGAAGAGAGGAAAGAAGAGAGAAUUUCAGUUACAGCAGAGCAGCUAGCUUCCACAGAAAUUAGGUCUGAGUUCACUGAAACAAAGACUGAAUUUUAUGAGAGUAGAACUGAGGUUUCUGAAAAGGAAGAGAGAAGAGGAACCGAUCGGGAUGUGAGCUUUACAGAAAAAGUUGAGGUCCGAGAGACAUUCAGAAGUUCAGAGCCCACUGAGUACCAUGUGGCUGAAGAGAAAGUUCUUCAAAGCGAAGUUGUUACUGACCUUGAUGAAGAGGAAGAGACAUUUCUGGAGACUCGGGAGGAGUACAUAAAAGACGAUGAGAAAGAAGUGGUGGAGACGUUUGAAGAUGCAGAACGGUAUGAAGAAUCUGGAGAGAAAUUUGAAAUGGCGAGAGAAGAGAGGCAGCCCCCGACUGUCGUCCAGAUGGAGGAGGUGACGAGGUUUGGAGAGGAGGUAGAAGCAGUGGAAGAGCUGGAGAGAGAGGAGACGGUUGCGGUGCGAGCGGAGGAGAUUCUUGUACCGGCCGAAGAAGCUGAGGUUCUCGUGGACGAAACUGUUCAAGAGGAAGACGUCAAAAUGGUGGUCGCUGAGGUUGUUGAAACAAGUAGCCGUGAGGAGGAAGAACAGGUUGUGGAGGAGUAUGUGGAAGACGUCCGGAUGUGUGCUGACGUGAAUACUGUAGAAACAACCCAUGUUGAAGACUUGGCGAUGACAGAACCUUCUGAAGAUGUCCUAGUGGAUGAGACCUCCGAGGACGUGGGGAAGUCUGUAGGUGAUGUGGAGGAGAAGCCUACUGGCUUGACAGACGAGUCGCCCAUUACAGAUCCAAAAUACACAUCUCUUACAGACCCGCUAACUCAGGAUCUGGUGAGAGAGAAGGUGGAGACGAUAGAGGAGGUUGUAACACAUAUGGAGAAAAGGUACGAGUUUCAGGAAGAGCACACUCGUGAGGAGUUUUUGGUUGAGUCCCAGGAAGAAGUCAAGUCUGAGCGCAAAGAGUCUCGAGAACAUAUGGAGAAAAGGUACGAGUUUCAGGAAGAAGACGCUCAUGAAGAGUUUUUGGUCGAGUCCCAGGAAGAAGUCAAGUCUGAGCGCAAAGAAUCUCGAGAGGAGUUUAUGGGACGAGAGUACAGAAGUGACUACACAGAGGACAUGAGCGAGACCACACAAGACUUUUCUGAGAUCAAAAGCGAACUCGUGGAGUCACUAGAAAGUCAGUACGACAUCGAUUCUCACAGAGACUUUGACACAGACCGUGAUCAGCCUUCUGAGAGUCGUGAACAGGAUCGGGAUGAGAUUGAGCCUGCCAGAGAGCCCGAGGCUUACAAGGACGACGUUGCUGGGGACAAGUAUGUCGAACUAGUGCAGACUCCUGAUGAUACGGAGACUCCAAGAGAGAUUGUCAUCGAGGCUGUAAGUCACAUGAGAGUUGAGAAUGAAGGGCAGCAUUUUGCUGUCACGUCUGUGGUAUCGGAAACCUUUGAAGACCAACGAGAGGGGAGAGGAAGUGAGAUGGAGGUUAUUGAUGAUGUCAAAGAAGAAACCACUUUGUUAGAUUCUGACGUGGGUGAAGUUAAAGUGGCUGAAGAGCCUGAGCCUGCAGAUGAAAUACCUGAUGUGCUGGGGGUUGAAGAAGAACAUCUCGUUGAGGAGACAGUGGAGAGGGUGACAGGAGAAGAAGCUGAAGUUACCGAGGCCGUUCAGGAGUUUCAAAGUGAUGUAGUGUACGAUGAAGAAGACAAAGAAAACAUUGAGCCUGCAAGCGCCAUGGAUGAGGGAGACGAGUAUGGGACGAGUCUGCCUCCGGAGUCGUGGCGUGGAGCGAUGGCUCCAUCUGUGCUCCGGGCCCUGGAUCGGGGAAUAGAUGAGGAGUUGGAUAGUAUCGCGGCCACUGCGGGUAGCGAUGAUGGUGCUGAUGAUGAGGACGACCGAGAGAGGGCCUUGGUCUCUGGGGAGAUAUCCGACGAAAAGACAUCGGAUGAGAAGUGUGAUGGUGUUGAUGAAGACGAGGAGGAGGGAGCGUAUGAUAGAGGCUUUGAGCCUGCAGAAGAUAUGGGAGAGAAAGAAGACCACCAAGAAGCGUUAGAUGAUAGGAAUGUGGAGGAACCCUUCAUCAGUUAUGAGGUCAGACAGAGUGAGAUUAAGGUUUCUUCUCUGCCAGAAGAGGAAAAGAAAGAAAUCCAAGAAAUAGUCAAAGAAGAAGUUCAUGAGACAUUCGCUGAGUCUGAAGAUCACCAAGCUAUGGCAUCAGUGCCAGACGAAGAAGAAGAAGUGAUCGAAGCUUUCACAGCCUCUCAAGCUAAGCAAACCAAAGCUGGCAUUUACGCUCUCCCAGACGAAGAAGAGAGUGAAGUGGAGGAAGAGAAAGAUAUAGUGGAGGUGAAAGAAGAGAUGAGAGCUACGUCAACAACGAAGGUGUCUCAUACAUUUACUCAGGAGUUGUAUGAGGAACAUAACGUAUCGGAGUCUCAGAGGAUUGUGCCCGCGGAUGACGUGGACUCUCACGAUGGAAGGAAGGAGACUGGCGUUUCCACUUUGCCAGAUGAGGAAGAAGAUGAAGUGGAAGAAGUCACCGGGCAAGAUGCUGUUCAUGAAUUUGAAGUAAAAGAAACAUUGGUCGGAGUUUGCUCUGUCCCAGAAGGUGAGGUUGAGGAAACGAGAGAUUUUCUAGAUGGUGGUGUUGAAGAUGAAGAUGAUGAGGAUGAGGAAACAGAGAGUAUGGAAAUACCUGCCUUUGGUUCUGGGAGAGGGGGUGAAGAUGAACUUAGUGAAGAUGAAAUGAGCCGACAUAUUGAGGAUGAUACAGCUGACGAUCUGGCCGAAUUUGAAGAAACAGAGAAAGCCAUUGAAAAUGGGUUGCUAGAAAAGGAAGAUGCUGAGGAUGAACUGGAAAAAGAACAGUCUUAUCAGACAUCUGAACAGUACUCCGAGAGUGUACACUCUACUGUUGUGCAUGAGUACAAGUUUGAAACUCGUAUGGAGAGCCUUGUAUCACCACCACAAGUUGAUGAAGAAGAUCUGGCUGUUGGAGGUGCCGCGGCCGAUGAUGAAGAAGCUUGGGAAUUCCUUGACCAGACGGAACUCACUUCUGAGGAGCUGGCCCAAGCGUCCACCCUGAGAAUGGAUGGAGAUCAGGAAGAUGAGGCAGAAGCUCUUCACCACCCUGACGAUGAACGUGUGGGGGAACAGCAAGAAGGAACCGAGGACUAUGGGAAAAGAGACAGUGUGGACAUAGAGAAAGAGAUUUCUUCUGAGGGACAAGUGGAGUACUCAGACUUCUUGGCAGAGUCUCAAACUGAGGAGGAAGAUCAGUUCAAAAUGACUGAAGAUUCAGGUAGAUUGGCCAAAGUCCAUGAUGAAAAUGUGACUGAGGAAGAAAGGAAGAUCCCCGAAGAGGCAGUCGAAGAGAGGCAAGAAUCUGUUGAAAUGAGACAGAGUUUUGAUAAGGAUAUGGAGAUAUCUGAAGUGGAAGUUGUGAGUGUGACUGAAGAAAACACAGGGUUUAAGUUGCAGAGUGUUGAUGAUGGUCUUGCAGAACUGGCCCAGGAUGAAAUGGAAGGCACACCUGUUGAGGUGGAAGUGCGGAGAUCCACAGAGUCAUCUGAGGAGACAAUGGUUCGUGAGGGGGAGCUGAGGGAGUAUCAGCUUACUGAGUCUGAGACGAAAAUAACUGCUCAUCAGAAAGUACUUAUUGAAACACGUAUGGGAUCCAUUGAAAUUGAAGAAAUGGAUGAGUCAGAAAUGGCAAAAGAAUUUGAUACUGUCAGGGAAUCUAGAGAGCAAGAGUUUUCUGAGCUUCAAGAGACCAAAGAGACGAGGCAGCAAGUUGAAGAAACAUUUGAAGAGUACCAGAUGACGGAGACCAAGAGUGAACAGAGUACUUUGGAGGAGUUUACGGAAAUGUCAUCUCAGCAGUUGUACUCCAAGGAAGAAACUGUGUCUGGUGAAGAGCACUAUGCUCACACAGAAGAAAUUGAACAAGAAACUCUUCUUAUCCCGAGUCUUCCAGAUGUGCCUCAACAGAGUCCGCACGUUUCCUCAGAUGAAGAUGAGGGAGACAAAGAUAAUGAGGCUGAUGAGUUGGAAGAAGAAAAACUAACGACACAGGAGGUUGUGGAUUUGAAGGUUCAAAAGGACGAGUCUGAAUCUAUCUCUGAAAAACCGAUUGGCUCAUCACCAGAAGAACAGGAGGAAAUUGAGGACUAUGUUGUUGAAGAAGAAGAGCUGGAUGUGGAUGAAGAACUUGAUCAAGAGAUAGAAGAACAAGAUCAGCUUACUGCUGCCCUAAUUUCCCAGAUUUCAAGGGCAGACAGCGAGGAAGAUGAAGAAGAUGGCGUUGACUUAGAGGAAGAACAGCUUGAAUUGACAAGACAGAUGGACUCAAAAUUUGUCACCGACCUCCAGGAGAGCCAUCACCUCAUCACAGAGUCAUCUCUGGAAAAGAUUACAGAAAGGUCAACUGACAGCGAAAUGACCAAGAGUCAGGAGAUAUCAGAUUCCAUCUUGGAAGAAAGAGUGGAUAAGUCGCCCAGAGAUGACGGGGAUGGUGGACAAAUGCUUAUGGAGAAACUGGACACAGACACAAAAGAUACGCCUUCAACAGAGGAAGGGGACUACUCAAUGAAGACUGAGCCAUCUCUGAAAGAACUGAAAGAAGAGGAAGAAGAGGAGGAAAGAAAAAUGUUGGAAGAAAUGGAACGUGAUGAAGAUGUGAGUUCUGCUUUUGAAAAGUAUGAGCAUGAGCCUGAAGUCUCUAUUGCAAUUGAUGCCAAAGUUGGAGAAGUAGCCGAGUAUGAUGUGGAUAUUGACAAGGCAUUUGAAAAAUAUGAAGAUGAGCCUGAAGUCUCAGUUCCCAUUGAUACCAAAAUAAAAUCAUUGGAUGAGUCUGAAGAAGAGACCAAGGAAGAUAGCAUUGAAAGGGCUGAGGAAACAUUAGAAGUGGCUGCUGUUUCUGUAGACCAAAUAGACUCUGCACAGGAAUCGGCUGACAUGGUCUAUGGGGAAGAGCCAAUAAUUCUAGAGCAUCAGGAGAGGGAGAUUCCGCAAGGAAUUGAAACUGUCGAAAGUGUGGAGGAUGAAUUGUACAAGUUGGAGCAAGAAGAAGAAGCUUUAGAUAAACAACUGGAAGCCUUAAAAGAAGUAGAGACUCAAGAAUUGCUCUUAGAAAAGGAGCAAACUGCUGAAGAGCAUUUAGAGACCACGGAGGAGAGUUUAGAGGUUACCCGAGAAGAUACGGAAGUUCAUUAUGCAGAGGAGAAGACUGUUGAGACAAAGGAAGUUGAAGAGUAUGAAAUUGAACUCAGUAGGGCAAUUGUACAAGAGGCUCUACAUACAAGUAUCGAGACCACUCGAAGGCUUGACUCGGAGAGAGAAGAGAUGCAGCAGCAGAUUGUGGAGGAAGAAAAGGAGCAGGUGGAGGUUGUGCCUAGGUCAGGCAUCAUGGCUGAGAUGCAGGAAUUAGAGGAACAACAAGCGAGGGAUGAAGUCAUGUCGGAAGAUGACCUGGACGAUGACCACUAUGAUGAUGAAGAAGGAGAUGAACCUGAGCUUGAGGAUAGAGAUAUCUCUCAACAGCUGGCCGAGGAUUUGGAAGCUCAUGACAUAUCUGAGGCAGGGGAUGAAGUGAUACCUGAUGAAAUGGUGCAAUCAGUGGACAGGAUUGAAGAGUUUGUAGUAGAAGAAAGAGUGACAUCUAGUGCCCCUGUAGAAAUGACAAGAUCUGUUGAUCACAUUGAAGAAUUUGCUGAACAAGAAAGAGAUACCAGUAUUCCCCCUGUGGAAAUGACGCAGUCAGUGGACAGAAUUGAAGAGUUCACUGAAGAAGAGAGAGAUACAAGCAUUCCCCCUGUAGAAAUGACGCAGUCAGUGGACAGAAUUGAAGAGUUCACUGAAGAAGAGAGAUAUACAAGCAUUCCCCCUGUAGAAAUGACGCAGUCAGUGGACAGAAUUGAAGAGUUCACUGAAGAAGAGAGAGACACUGGCAUCUCUGAAAUGACGAGGUCUGUAGACAGGAUAGAAGAAUUUACUGUGGUGGAAAGGCAGACCGAUGAAUCUAGAAAACAUGAGUUGCGAGAGAAAGACAUUUUUGCAAAGGGAUUCUGUGUUACACUGCAUACAGAGUCACAUGAGGAUAUAGAAGUUAAAGAGGAGACGCUUUUGACUUCCCACACAACUGUAGAUGAGGCUGUUCAAGAUGAGGAGAAAAAAGGGGAAGAAACUGACACCAUUAUCAAUGAUACAUUUGUCGACAGGACAGAACAUUUCUUGGAAUUGAUUCCGAAUGUCAUAAUUGUUGAUGGUGAAGGGAAAGAUGGACCAUACACAGCACAGACUUUUGGUGGAGGGUUUGGAUUUAACGCCCUGGGUAGCAUUGGACCCCGAAUUGAGAGUGACUUUACACCGUCAUCCUCAGACCAGCAUAUGAGAGGCGGAUACGACCAGCCACAAGGACCUGUUGAUGGACUCAAUAUGGGUUUACAUCUCCCAAGGUCUCCAUUUUAUCCGACAUCCUCUACAGAGGUUCAAGAUCGAUCGAGCUCUCCAAGCGACCUUGAUGAGGAAAUUACAGAAAUGGAGCAAAUGAAAAAGAUGCAGCAACAGCAACAGCAGCAGCAGCCUCCUGUGUUCUCAGAGGACUCCAACCAAGAAGAGCUGAUCAUCUCUGAGGAUGUAGCUCCCCAACAAGGGAGCCAAGUUUCAAGCAAUUCCGACAGACAUGAGACCUUCCAUACACCGGCCUCUACCUUCAUGUCCUCCAGUAUCUCCGGGUCAGAGUACACGUCCCAGAGCGAUGUAGACUACGUGCAAAGCGGGGAGACCACUGGGACUGGUUCGUACUUCACAGCACCCAGCGAGGUGAUGAGCAGCUCCAGCUACACGGCUCAGAGUGAGACCAUGACUGGCUCCGAGUGCACGAUGACCGGCUCUGAGUACGACCAGGAAGGAGGUGAUGCUGAUGAGGAGUACGAGUCUGAAGGACGCAUCUCCACUGACAUUUCUCAACAAAUCUUUAUUGAGAGGACUGUCAUCUCCAAGCGCAUUGCUGAGGAGCCGUCGUCUGAAGACGAAGAAGCUGAUUUAGAGAUGGAUCGACUUGACAGACCACCGUCACCUUCAGAGUUUACCCUCAUUGCAUCUCAAGAUCAGGAGGGUUUGAACCGAGUGUUAGGCUUAACUUCUGAAGCAUCAUCAUUAACAUCAUUAACGACAACCACUAUCACUUCAAAUAACACAGUGAUUGAGACCACUCAGUAUGAUUCUCUCCAAGUCCAGAAAGACUCCGAUAUUGAAAAGGACAGCCUUCAAGGAGAUGAUGACGAGGAAGAAAUCGAGCAAGAGGAAGACGAGGAGGACGAUGAAGUGGAGGAGGACGAUGAUGACGGUGGUCGAAUGAGCGUUGAUGAUCUUGUAACAGAUCGGCCCCCAUCUCCUUCAGACUUCACCCUCAUCGCGUCACAAGACCAGGAGAGUCUGAACAGAGUCUUUGGGCUGGAUACGGCACAGUCACCAGAGGAAGACAAGGAUGAAGACUCUCCCAUGCAGUGGGAACAAGAGCUGGAGAGAGCCUGUGUGGAAGUGGACGCCCAGUCAACUGCCUCAAGCGACGCUGCCCUCAUGAUAGGCCUAGACCGUGUAUAUGCCAGCGGUGGGGAGAAUAACACAAUGUCGGGCGUGAGCUCGGAGAGUGGUCAGCCCCUGGAUGGGGUGGACUCUCCCCUCAAGGAUCAGUUUCUUGCCGACUCACAGGAUGAGUUUGAGGACCGACAUAACAUUUACGAGGCUUACUUGAGGAAAAUGGAGGAUGCAGAGGCUGUUGAUAAGGAGGAUAUUCUGCAGAAAAUUUCUAAGCUGUCUGAACUUGAGAAGGAAGAAGGAGAAGAAGAAGAAGGUGAAAGAUAUGAGUCAGAGAAUGUUGAUGACUCAAAACGCACGUCUCAGGUGCUGAGUCAUGAUGAGACAAAUGAGGAAAGCACAUUUGAACGAAAAGAGAAAACACGAGAGGAGGAAGGUUUCGACAGCAGGGCCGAGUAUAGCUCUCCUCAAGCUCAUUUCGUUGGCUUUUCAGAAACACAUCAACUCGGAGAAGGCGAACUCCAACAGGAGGUACAGGAACAUGGGGAGGAACACAAAGAGCUUGAGGAGAGCUGGAAAAUCUCGGCCCUUGAAGAUGUUAAGAAAAUGGAGGAUCUCGAAACAGCAUCAUUUUCCCGUGAGGCAAAAAUGGAAACUUCCGAUUCUCUCAUGACCUUUUCAGAAGAAUCCUGCGAGUCUGUUCAGAAACAGUACUCAGAAAAGUCUAGCUACUCUCAUGUCUCUCACGAAAGGUCGGAAACUUCUGUUAUGUUUUCUCAAAAGAUUGAGAUUGUAGGGGGAGGAGAAGAAGCUAGCUGCUCCACAAAUGAGUUUCGCCCCAAAGUGGUAGAGGAAGAGUUAAAAUCUGGUGCUGACCUGGUCUCCGGUGGUGUUGAAGCAGAGGAAGAAGAAGAAGAGAGGCGAGAUGUCGUGGCCGCCAUGGAUAUUCAUGCCAUGGAUAAAAUGAGUUCCUCCAGCUCGGAAGUCGCCCAGCUUGAUGACUUCGAUGAUCAAGAUGUUGAAAUCCGUGAAGCGAGCGAAGAAGUAUCGGAGGAGACCGAUGUUGAAGACCAGUUUUCUCCAGUUUUAGCCCAAGCGGCUGGCCCAACUUUCACCUUUGAUGCCCCAUCUGUGUCCCCAAAGCAAGAUGAAGAUACAAAAAUUAUUGAUCCCACCCCGGUAGAGCUAGCUGGGCAUGAGGAACGAUUUGAAGAAGCUUCCCACACUCAGGUAGAAACUGUCGAAGAAAGGCAUGGGACUGUCUCUUUUGAAGUAAAAGAAGAACAAAAGGAGGUAUAUCAAGUGAGAGAUGAUGAAGAAGAAGAGGAGGAGGAGGAGGAGGAGCAAAUAGAUGACACUGAAUUAGAACCAGAGCUGUGUCGUUUGGGUACAGCAGAUGACCAGGAUGAGGAAGACAUUGAUGUGGAAGAUGAAGAAGUGGAGGAAGGAGAUGAAGAGAAAGAUGACAAAGGUGUUAUUCAGACUCAAGAGGUUGUUGUGUCUGAAGCAGCUCAGGCCUUCAUGGCUUAUGAAAACAUUGGCUUCAGAGAGGAGGAGGAGGAAGGGGAUAAUGUGGAAAUAGCGCCCAGACCAAAGCCUGUGUUGGUGAAGCAAGAGACACGAGAUAUUUCACCCGAAGAUUUGGAAGAGAAACCUCUCACCUCGGAUUUUCCAGACCAGUAUCAACAAGAGGGUUCAUUUCACAGAUAUUACGAGGAGUCAAGUACAGAAGCUACAACUCUAUCUGAGUUGCGCCAAGAACAUGAGGACUUUGGUUAUCUGAAAAAAGUGGAAGAGGAAGUAGUAGCAGUGGAACCAUCAGAUGAUAUUGGCGCUCCCGAGGCAGAAGCUAGAGAGAAGUCUGUGGAGUUUGUGGCUGAACCAGAACCUGAGACUCAUGAACUGCUUCCUCAUGAAGGAGGGGAGUCGGAUGAAUCAGAGGAUGAGUCUGACACGUCAUCUAAAAGUAGUUCUGACAGUGGUGGUGUAGAGGUCUACGAUGAACGUACUGGGCAGUACACCAAGCUGCCCUGGGAAAUAGCCCACCAGUACAAACGGCAGUUUUCUGAGUCAUUUGUUGAAGAGCAGAGGUCCUCAGUGAAAUCUCAAAAGUCAAUUGACAUGGGGUUGUUUUACCGACGGGACAAAGACAAGGAUGAGGAGUUCCUAGACCAGAGGUUUUAUGAGGAUGAUGAUGGAGCCUCUUCCGACACGGGUACACCUCGCAGAGUCACAUUUGAGCUUAUUCCUGAAACAGCAGAGAGCUCUCACCUAAAAGAGAUUGAGGAAGAAGAUCUUGAAGACGGUGCAAUGGGCGCAAUGGCAGCAUGUGAACCCUAUGAAAGAAUUGAUGAUGCUCACGAAGAGGAAGUCUUGUCAACAAUACUGGAAAGCCGACAGCAGGUCAGAACUGAGAUAGCUAGACAGGUGUAUGAUCAGGAGUUCCCUGAGACUCCUAAGACAGACAGUGAAUAUGAAAUGGGAAGCGGGUCAAGUCGUCUACUGUUUGAUGAAAGCGAAGAGGAAUCUAUGUUCACCUUUGGGGAAACAAAUCGCUCUUAUGAGAUGCGAUUGGAAGAACACCGCCACUUCUCAUCCUCAAGUCGUUCAGAGGUGGUCAGUGUGGUCAGCAAAGAGUCACGCAUGGCUCAGCAGGAGCUGUUGCUUCAGGAGUCGAUGGACGAGGAGGAUCGCUCUUUGUCUCCGUCAAGAGAGAGAGGCACGAAAAUGCUAAGUACAACUUAUGAAGAGUCAAUCAUAUCACUCCCUCCAGCCCACCCAACACACUUCCCCAUGGCUGUUCACAGCAUUGGCAAGUCUCUGGCAGACAAUGAAAUUUAUGAAUCCUCUGAAACAGAAAGAGAUUCCACCGAGGAGAAGUUGUCCCCCAUUGAAGAGACACCAAGUGUGGAUGAAAUAGAAGAGGAUGAUACAACCCUGAAGUCAACGCCUCCAGUGGAGAAGAAAGUCACAUUCCAGACAGACCGGCUUUGUACAAGAGUGUCAGAGCAGUCAGUAGAAGAUUAUAAAGCCUCUUCAUCAUCUUCAGAACUUUCUGUGGAGCCGACUCUUCUUGCUGCCUCUUAUGAUUUAGACAGUGGCAGUGUUUGCCACAUUGUCACAGCUUUUGACAUUUCCCCCGACACUGUUGAGAAACAGGGACCCAUUGAAAUAGCUGGGAAAUCGAUUUUGUCCAGUCCAGAAGAUGAUGUAUUUGAAACUGAUGCCUCGUCACCAAGCAAAACGCUUGCAUCUGCGAUAACCCAUGGUACAGCAAUGUCCCUGCGAAGUCCUCUGGUGUCUGGUGCAGACGUGUGUCCAUCCCCGCCAGUUCCCAUCGCGCCUGUCCCAACACCAAGAGAGGGCUCGGAGACAGUUGACAGGAGCAGUGAUUUGUUCAAUGCCAGCUCAAGGUUGGAAUUGCUCAAGCAUUCCGAGAGACUUGAUUCUAAAGAUGGUGAUGAUACAACAUUACAGGAUGAUGACAUGAGUUCUCCUCAUGAUGAAACCUCUGUUGCAGAAUUGAAAUCUGAGGAGAACUCUCCAGAGGUUGAGCUCUCAUCUGAGCUUAAGUUUGUAGGCGUCACUGAGCAGAGGUAUGAGGAGGAGGAGCAGGCUUCUUUGGCGGGUCCAGCUGCAGGUUUUGAUUUCCCGACCACAGACUCUGAUCAGGUUGUGAUGGAAGAUGUAGAGCAUGCUCUCCCGAAUGGUCCAACAGAAGUUGAUUAUAUCCCAGAGUAUGAUGAUAUUCAGAGUGAUAGGAUAGCUGCGGCUGAACCCGCCCUUGGGCUUUCUCCAAAUCAAGAGGAAACUGUAGAAGAGCCUGAAUGCGUUGUGCCUGGUGUAAUUGAGCCGUCAUUAGUCUCCUCGUAUGAGGCAAAACCAGAUGUCCAGCAACCGCAAGAAGACACAGGAAGUGAACCCCCAGAAGUUGAGCAACCUAUCCAAGCAUCAGAGUCAACUGCCACUCAGGCAAAACCGGCAGUGGAACCCCCAGAAGAGGAGCAGGAAGACAGUUCCUCUCAGGGUAUGGAAGCACCCAUCCAUCCAGUGGUUUCCUUUACAUACGAAGCCAAACCAGAUAUCCAGCAAGCAGAGUCUGAGGAAGGUACAGGCUACCCUGAAGUAGAAGAACCAAUUCAGCCUUCUGUGGCCUCAUCAUACAAGGCAAAACCUGAUAUACAGCAGCCAGAAGAAGAAGAGACCAGUCAGCCACCAAUAGAAGAACCCAUACAGCCAUCUGUUGCUUCUACGCACAAAGCGAAGCCUGACGUUCAACAACCUGACGAUGAAGCAGAGAAAGGUCAGCCUGAAAUUGAAGAACCCAUCCAGCCGUCUGUUGCUGCCUCUUAUAAGGCUAAGCCAGAUAUCCAGCAGCCGGAUGAGGAUGCGGAGAAGGGUCAGUCUGAGAUUGAAGAACCCAUACAACCAUCUGUGGCUGCUCCUGUUCAGGCAAAGCCUGAUGUCCAACAGCCAGAGGAUGAAACUGAGAAGGGUCAGUCAGAAAUUGAAGAACCAGUACAGCCCUCUGUAUCAACUACCUCUCAGGUUAGGCCUGACACCGCACAGCAUUCAGAAGAAGAGCAAAGGUCAGACUCCAUGGAUGGGGAGCAGUCAGUAUUAACACAGCAGGCAACAACUCAAAUGUAUGAGUUUGAGGAAAUGGAGCAGCGUGACGUUCUGACUUUUACUACGCCAACAGAAAUGGACAUCGAAACUGAGAAAGAAGAUGUUCUAAGGGCUGAGGCCUCAGAAGAAGAGCUCAGGGUCCACAUUGAGAAAGAUAUUUCAACUAUUGAGACUCAGGAAAAGGAAGAAGAUCAGAAGCUGUAUCUGUAUAGUAAAGAAUCUGUCUAUCAUGGGAAAAGAGCCUUAGAGAGUGACGUUCCUGUUGCGACGUUCAGUCAAGUCUUUGAAGAGAAAGAUGAAAUCGUGGGGGAAGGCUACGCUGUCGCCGGGGUUGAACCACUUUUACAAGAUGAGCCAGACAUGGCUGCUCAAGAAGGGGAAGAAGACUUGGAGCUUGAAGAAGAGGAGGAAGAGUUUGAGGAACGCCCUGAAGAGGAACUUAUCAGGCUUGAAGAGCCUCCUGCUGAUGAUGAGUCAGAGGAUGAAACAAGGGAGGAGGAUGAAGAGAGAGAAAGAUAUUCUAAAGAGGAGGAAUACGAAAGAGAAUCUCCCACCCCAGACUUGCUGUGUGUGAGUUCUGGUUCGUACUCAGAUUUGGACAGGCCGUUGUCCCCAACUCCUGAUGCACUGAGGCAGGGCUUCUUUGGGGGCAACUUCACGCCUCCACAGAGUGGGAUGUAUACACCUCCACAGUCUGGACUCUUCACUCCUCCUUUAUCACAGUCUACAACUGUCACUCCCCCACAAGUGGCCCAGGAACAUAGUGAAGAGCCCCCUGGAGCAGAAGCAACAGCAUUGGAGAAAACAGCCAUCACGUUUGUCGACUCAAUCCUUGAAGAUGUGAAAGUCAAAGUGUCUUCUCAAGAACCUUCUCCAGUUGAUAAGGAGGAGGAAGGGGAUUUUGAGGGAAUGAAACAAACUCAGACAGUUUUGGUCAAAGAAGAACAUACAGUUGCAGAAACUCGGGAAGAAUACAAAUAUGAGGAUGAUGUAGAGGAAGAGGACGUUCAUGAUGCAGAAAUAGACAGAGAAGAAGAAGAAUCACCUGUGCAAGAGGAGGAAGGUCAUACUGAGGUUCAGUCCCAGUCCAGAGGUGUGACUCUUGUGAAACAGAUUUCUGAAGACAUUCCUGGCAUCAUCCUCACUCAGCAUUUACACAAAGAAGUGGAUGAAGAUGAAUUUUAUGGUUAUUCUGUCUCACCCAAGCCAGAAAGCAUUUCAGAAGAUGAUGAAGAUCGUUUUAACCGAGAGGAACAGGAGCAAGUUGAAGUUACUGAAGAACCAGAGGCAAGCCCUGAGACAGAGGAAGAGAGAGGUGAAAGUCCAGAGGUUUUGGAGGAGCAGGAAGACAGACCAGAUGAAGAAAAAGAAUGGAGGUCUGAUGUUGAGGAAGAGAGGAAGGACACACCAGAGGUUUUAGAAGAUAGGGAUGGGAGUCCAGUGACUGAAGGAGAAUCUAGCCCUGAGGCAGAAACGGAAGAAGAGAGUCCAGAGGCAGAUGCAGAGGAAGAAGAAGAAUAUAGCCCAGAAGGGGAAGAAGAAGAAGACAGCCCAGAAUUUGUUGGUUUUGCCGCAAAAUACGCUGCGUCUGAUAGUAGUUUUGGACAGAUGGUCAAUGUGGUCCAGUCUUCCACAAGCAGGGGUAUUGUACAAGAGUUUCCUGAAGAAGAAAAACCUCUGACACCAACUGCUCCAGAAGAAGAGGAAGAGACAGGCUUUACAGAACCCAAACCAGCGGAACAGCAGCCUUUUUUAGUGAAAGCUGAUCCUGAACCAGGCUUUACCUUCACACAGAGUACCAGAAGUCAUUUUCCUGAAGAUGUGAAUGUAGACCUUGGCUCUGGAUCGGAUUCAAUGGAUGACAUUCGACAAGAAGAUCUUGAAUUUGUGGAACGCCCAAUCAGCCCAGACUGCUCUAGUUUAGACAGUUUUGCUACUGUUGUAGCAGCAGAGGCUGAUGAUGAGGAUGAAGAGUAUGACGAUAAUCGGUUGGCAGAGAUAGCGUCUAUGACAUCCUCGUUUACAUCAGAUAUACAGGUGUCUCACCCAGAUGAACAGCAGAAUGAAAUGGCUGAAGAUGUCAAUGACACAGAGGAGGAUGAAGAUAUGGGCAUGGACAGAUCUCAGGAACUGUCUUCAACUCCUGAUGACAAAGACAGAGAAAGUGAAUCUUCCAUGGACAGCGACCGCUACGAGUUCGUAGACAGGGCUGCUCUCUCUAUCAUCACUGAAAUUUCAGAUGAGGAUCGUUUUGAGAUGAUUGAGAGAGAAGAACUGGAAUCAGAAGCUGGUCUUUCGGAUCAGUUUGGGAGCUCUCCAGAUGUGUGUGUUCAGCAGUCGCCAGGAGUCAGCAACCUCCGAUUUUUCGGAAAACAGGUUGAGAAAGAAGAGGUGGUGUCUUCUGUUUCUUCAUCUCUUCAGGAAUUUGAGGCCUUGGAGAAAGCUAUUCCUAUUUCUAGCUCUUUGAGUUCUAUAGACCGAGAUGUUGAAAAAGAUGUGAUAGGGGGAUCGUAUGACGAGAGGAAACUCGUGGGCUUCCCAAAGCUGAUUGAAGGAGGUGGUGGAUCUGUUGCUUCAUCUUUAGCAGAGUUUGAAAGAAUUGAGCAGGAGCUGGUCAUAUCUAGUUCAUCAAGCUCUGUAGAGAAGGAGAGCAAGAAGAGCAGUGGCAGUAAGAGCUCAGGAGGAGAGGAGGGAGAUAUUACCUGCAACUCUGUGUCCUCGUCUCUGGCCGACUUUGAGAGAAUUGAGCACGAGUGUCAGCACGACUCAGACGACAAGAAAUCCUCUUUGGAUAGCUCCACCAGACCCAGUGAAGCCUCUUCAUGCACUUCUCUCAACGAGUUUGAGAGACUAGAAAGGGAAAUUGCUGUAGCCAGCGAGCUGGAGGUGGAGGCUCAGAAAAUUGUGUCCAUUUUGGAAUCUGGUGUCUUGCUGCAGUCUGGUCAGUUUGGAAGCUCAGACUUCAGUGAAGUUGGAAUGGGAGACGAUCAAGGAGAUGGAGAUGGGGAUUAUCUUGGAGGGGAUGAGCAGGAUGAUAUCGAUCAUGAUUCUCUCAGCGAAGGUGCCAGACUGGGUCAUGAGGGUGACGCAGACUCCCUGGAUGGCGACACAUCUGAGAUGACCGACAUGACAUCCAGUGUCGUCUUUGCUGGCCCUGACUUAGACACCAUCCGAGCAGCACCACCUCCCUCGGCUGGAGACUUUGAUGUGGACGCAGACUCGCUGGCUGGAGAAGCAAUCAUGCAACUGUCCUCAGACUCGCUGGUGCUGGAGCAGAUUCUGAAGUCUUCUGAUUCCACUCGUUUUGACACGGAUUCAUUACAGGAGCAGGAUGACCGAAUGAUCCGAUCCACAGAUUCUUUGGAAUUGGGAGGGCACUCAAGUGGUGGUCAGUCCAGUGAAAGACAGGAUGAGUGGAGCCAGGACAUGAUGCAGACAUCACAGACCUCAGCUGACUCGCUUGAACUUGAUGUCAGCAAAGAAGAAGCAAAAGACGAUGCAGAAAAAGAGGAACAACGGCCAGAUGACAGCUUGAUGAUGGUGUCUGUCGAGUCAGCAGCAUGGAGUAUGGGUAGUUCUGGGGGUACAACGCAAUCUAUGUCCGAGUCUCACACAGACUCAAGCCAGUCCCAUGACAUCAUGCAAGUUUCAGCAGAGUCUACUGAGGCUCAUAAGACAGGAGCAGCUCCGGAGAAAAGCUUUGGCACUAGAGAGAAAUCUCAGAAAUCUGAAUACAUAGUAUCGGAAGAAAGCCACCACCAAUCACAUUCUUUCCAUCACAAACGAAAGGAAGAAAAAACAGAAAGCACCGUUCAGUAUUCUAGCACCGGGGCUCAUUCAACGAACCCAUUUGAAGACAGAAGCAAAUUGAAAAGAGAUUCACCAAGACAUUUUGAAUGGGAAGAACCUGAAAAAGAACCAAAUCCCUUCAUGGCAUGGGGUCCUUACCAAGAGACAAAAAAAGUUUACACUAUGGUAGAAUGGGAAGCAAUGAAAAAAGCCAAACUUCAAGAAAGGGAAGCCAAAUCUUCUUCAUCCCCCGAGCUCUCCCAGGGUUCUGAUAAAGAAGAGAAAUAUUCCUCCACAUCCCCCUCAGGUGUAGAGUCUCCUCCCUCCCAGCUGAUGGGUCUCAGCUCCACCUCCACCACAUCUACUACAACAACCACAUCCUAUUAUAGAGCAGGUACGAGGGCUGUUCACGAAGCUCACACGAGCGAAGAGGAGGAAGAGAGAGCAGGAGAUGAGUCCCGGGGGUCUGCUGCUCAAGGAGACAGUGAUGAAGUGGAAACCCACAGGCUGAUGAUGAAAAAAGAGGUUCACAAGAAGACGACCAUCGGGCCCGACGGCCGUGAAGAGACGACCAUCCACGAGGACUCCCAGGUCCAGCAGGAGAACGAGCCGCCCGAGGAGCUGAGAGAGUCCAUGCAGGAGAUCAUCAACCAGUUCAUGGAGACAGACCCACAGCCCGCACAGUUGCCCGCACCUGAGUCACACGAGGACGAGGUCUAGAUCAACUCUAGUAGUAGUAACUAAUGCAGGGCUCUUAGCACUACAGAAACUUUCAGAUUUUCCGUGAAAUGAAUUUUGUCAUAUUGGUAUUCAAAGUAUAAAAAAGACUGUAGAUGUAAUAAAGUUCAUAGCAGAACAAGAUGAUGUAAGAGUUCAUAAGAAAAGCAGAUAAAAGAGUGUCAUGUUAUGGUUCAAUGUGAACUGUGUUUUUCUGCUUAAUUUUUCUGAGAAACACUGAAUUUGAAAUGGUUUUCUAUGUUUUUGACUUUUCCAGAGAGGUGUGUCAUUGCACUUUGAGCUUUUGAACUCUUUUUCUCUUCUAUGUUGCUAACCUUUUGAUGCAAUCUAUGGGAUCUAUUUCAUUCUGGUAUUUAUAGCAGUCAGCUCCAAGGAAAUCUUCUAGUCUACAGGAAAUACAAUUUUUUUCUGCGAGUGCUCUGAGCCCUGGUCUAUGGGAGCUCUCCUCUUUGUACUUUUGUGGGUCCCUAUAGCUGCUCCGAGUUCUCCAUCUCUGUGUGUCUUUGUCAUGGGCUUUCUCCGCUCUUUCGUGAUAUAGCCUUGCUGGAGAAUAGCGUGGGUGCUGAACUUGUACUUUCUUGUGAUCUUGCAGAAGAUUUUUAAGGGAGGUGACGUUUCAGGUUGUGCUGUGGAAGAUAGAAGUUCCAGUUACUGUUAUGGUCAGGGCGACAAAGGUUUUUGAGACUGGUAGGCUCCGUGCUACCUAGAGGGGUCGGGGAGAGCUCUCUGUACUUUUUUCCCUUAGAACAUUACCAAAUUACAACUGAUAACUGAGAAAUGUUUAGAAGAUGUACAUGUUUCAUGAUGCGAUUGUCAGAGUCAGAGGGGUAUUUGGGUUGCUGGUUCUUUUCAUUACUUUUGCCAAGAAUGUUGUCUUCAUAAUUAGUUUAUGAAAUUUAGUUUUGUGUAUAAAUUCAUUUACAUACUGUAACUACUCAAAGAUUACUUUGUAUUCUGGAACUGUUCUUAUAUAUACAAGUCUCAAAAGAAAAAUAUCUCCAGAUGACGUCAAUUUUUUUGAGCCAAGUGCUCGGAUAAGGUCUGACUCAAAGAUACAAUUUGUUGGUGCGUGCUGAAUCUCAUUGAAUUAAUUUUUUUCAUCCAUUCUCUAUUCUUUUCACUCUUAUUGUUCUUUCUGACAUUGCGUUAAUAACAAUUUCAACCCCUUAGAAUUUCUAAUUUUUUGACACCUCUUGUGAAUGGAAUGAUUGAAAAACAUUGGUGAUGGGUCCUUUAACGGUGCCGAAUAGAUCUUAUAUUGAAAGAAGAAUCUCCUAACUGACCCCUGACCUGUAGACCAUUCUAGACAAUAGCUUUUGUCCACUCAGUGGAGAUGUGCACUGGCCUGUCGAAGAGAGGUAAACGAUCACAGUGCUAUAACAGAACAGUUGCUGACUGCGCCAUGGUACUAACACGACUGCCAGUCCUAGUACACACAGGUUUUCCCUGUGCUUUAUUGGUUUUGAUAUGAUGUAAUUUUUCCUAUUCUGUACUAGUUUAACAUACAUCUACCCGUAUUGUUCCCAACAGUUUCAUUGUUAUGAUGAGCUUUUUUUUUCUAUUAUCUUUUUUUUUUUAGAUAAUUAGAGUGCUGUACUGUACUGUAUCACAGUGCCCCUCGUUGCUUUCUCUGCUUAAACGUGAGCAGUGCGUCUCUUUGGCGUAAAUCAUUGUUAGCGUUGACUUGGCUGUAUCAAGUUUUCACCACCACCAAUUAUAUUUUGGAAAAAUGUUCAUGUAUUAUGAGAGGGACCUGAAGCUUUGGUCUCAGGUGUUUUUAGAAGAUUUUUAUUGUUGAAGUUUCCCAUGAUCAUUGCACAAAGUUUAUAAACGUUAUAUUACCCAGAUUACUAUUUCAAUACAGCUGACCCGCUCACCUCAAACUGGAGUGGAAAAAGAUAGUGUAGAUGGUAGAAAUUUAUGAGAUUUCUGCUUUGGACUUUAUAUUAAUUUGUCAUUUCUUUAUAUAAAGUUCACAACAGCUGAAGGCGUUCAAAGAACUGUGUUCUUUUUUCGACUGAGGGAAUUUAAUUGUUUUUUAGGAAACAUGUCUUGUGGUGUUUUCGCCUGACCCAUUGCCAUGAACUGCUUUUAUCUGUUCAUUUUGUCCAUAUGGCCCAACCUCUGUGUUAAAUGUCAACUCGGCUUUAGUGUCUGUCAUUGCUUGCUACUAUUCACUAGGUAUGUAUGCGUAGAGCAUGUUGAAGCUUUUCCCAUUUCUGCCUCUCAAGAAAUCAUUCUCAGUAAACUUGAUCCUGUUCAUCAAUAUAUAUAUAUUAUACAUGUGAUAAUACGACUGAGAUAUCACUCAAAUAGAUGCUAAAUGUUGAAAGCACUUUUUCAAGUUUUACAGUAGAAUUCAGUGGGUUUUUGAUAUUGGACAUUUUGUCUGUUUGUAACCUUGUUCUCUUGCCGAUUAUAAUUAUUAUUUAUUUGAGAAAAGGGGCAUGGAUUUAUGUGUAUAUCAGACAAAAGACUGAUUCAUUCAGUGGUUUCGUUUCUGCCCUAAGGUCCCUCGAAGCCUAAAGUUGUUCCUCUUGCUUUUUUUGUUCAGUAAUCGUUACUUUUUAAUUUUUCUAAUUAACUUCCACUUUUCCAACACCUGUUCAGAUCAGAUCUGUAUCCUGUUUGUACUUGACCUCCUUCAAUGCCAUUACAUGUAGCAUCCACAGAUUCUAAUUAUAGAAUUGGUACGUUUGUCUGUUGUUGUCAUCAUUUUUUGUGUCAAAUAAACUGCUUUGGUAUUCUCACCUGA